UUAUGCGAAUGCCGGUUGUUCAUAGUUGACUUACUGAUGAAGUUAGAGAUUGCUACUGAUUGUGGUUCUUGUGUAGCGCAUAUGUGCAAAAAGCAGAGAAGAAAGAAAGAGUUAGCUCAUCCCCUAUUUGUUAGACUAAUGUCUAGAAUCCUCAUGGAAGCUUUAUGCUUUCUUUUUCCGGAUGGGCAAGAGGGGAAAGCAGAUUAUCCUUUCCGUGCCAUGCGCGCGUGCAUCCAUUUUUGUGGCUUAGUCCUUGCCUAAUUGGAUGAAAAGCGGGCGAAGAAGAGAAGAGAGAAGAUGAAUUGUCGAACCACGGCGUCUGCACUUGGGACGUCAUUGCCAGCCGGAGACGUCCGGUAAGCACCCAUGGCGGUAAAUCAAGCCAUUUGUUCGAUUUAGCUUUUCGGCUUACAAGUGUCAUCCUUGCUUACCGUUGAAUUUGGGAGGUCCAAUUCUUAUGCUAAAAGGCGAAAGAGUUAAGAUUCUUGGUUUCCAAGGUGGAAUCUGAUACUGCACUAAGCCGUCCACUCGAUCCCUAUAUAGGUCAUUGUGUGUCCAUCAUCACUUACCACCCACAAGCAACAAAUAUCUUUCACCCUCUGAGCUUUGCAUCUUGUUCUUCUAUAUCCUGCUUCUCUGCAUCAAGUUAGCAGUCUUCUUCAUGGACGAAGGGAAAGAGAACAGAAGUGAGAAGAAGAAGAAGGGCAUAGAAGUCGGACCAUGGGGAGGAAAUGGUGGAACUAGCUGGGACGAUGGGAGUUACCAUGGCGUGAGGGAGAUCACUCUUGUUUUUGGCCAUUGCAUCGACUCGAUCCGCGUAAUGUACGAUAAGAAUGGAAAGCCUGUGGCAGGAGAGAAGCAUGGAGGUGUCGGAGGCAAUCAAACAGCUGAGAUUAAACUGCAGUUUCCCGACGAGUAUUUGGUCAGCGUAAGCGGCUACUACUGCCCCGUGGUUCAUGGAGGCAGCCCGGUCAUUAGAUCGCUCGCCUUCAAGAGCAACAAAAGAUCUUUCGGGCCAUUCGGGAUGGAACACGGCACGCCAUUCUUUUUCCCAGUGGACGGUGGCCGGAUAGUCGGGUUCAAGGGACGAAGCGGCUGGUACCUCGAUUCUAUUGGGUUCCACGUGUCCCAAGCUCAACCGGCUAAGCUACUUCAGAGGGUUCACAAGACAUUUCGGAGACUUGCUAGCACCGCUGUUUCGAAACCUCUGUCGACGGAGAGGGUGGAGGCCCGAGAAGUUUGCCAAUACAUAGAUGCGAUCAAUAAGCUGGCUAUUCAGACUCUCCUUUUUCCUCUGGCUGUAGUAAAGAAUAUGGAGUUGUUAGAGUCGUCCGUUAAUCAUGUUCCAGUUCGAAAGACAUCUAUCAGACUAUAUAUGUUUAGAAAACAUAAGGUGUUACAUCCCACAUAUCUAUGGAUAUCUAACCAGCCUUGCUUUUCUGAUGCACAACAGAGCUCCCUGGGACUAUAGAAGUGGCCCCUCCCAAGACAAACUUCACUUCAGCUACUGUUUUCGCCUAAAAGUAGAGCUUUCUUUCACUCCCAUAAGCAAAUAUCUUUUUUUAUUAAUGUGGACGGGCUCAUUUAGCAAAAGGACGAUUGCUAGGGGAUGAAGAUGCUACUAGAUGUUGCAAUAAAGUACUCAAACGCUGUUCUCUGAAA